UCUUUUUUUAAAGUAAGCUUUUUAGAAGAAACGUCAUGUCAAAUCCACAACCAAUUCGCCCCUCAAUAAUGCAAGAAAAGAGCGAAUUGAGUGUGCGUGCUGCUCCUUCGUUAGGAGACAGUAAAUUUGAGACAACGAUACCACAUCAAGAAGACCCUUAUAAUGAAAACCGGUACACUGGAAACAAAGAAACUUCUAGUGUUGUUAGCAUGGAUGAAGAACAAAUAGAGCAUGUGCCCGAAGGAACAGCAGGUCCUGGAAAAGCACUCUUUAUGCUCUUGAAGUCAUUUAUUGGGACAGGUGUUAUUUUCUUGCCAGGGUCUUUCGUAUCUGGUGGUUUAGUCGUGUCCAUUUGUCUUAUGAUAUUUAUCGGUAUUCUCUGUACGUUUUCUUUUCAAAUCCUCGUAAAAAGCCAACAAGCUAUUGGAGGGUCUUAUGGACAUGUAGCCAAUGCUUUAUAUGGCAAAUGUCUGAAAUACCUCAUUCAUUUUUGUCUCUGUCUUUCACAGAUGGGUUUUGUUGCUUCAUACCUGAUAUUUAUUUCAGAAAACAUUGGCUUAGCUGUUAAUACCUUACGUAAUGGCACUGAUCCUUUUGAAAGUAAAUAUUAUAUUUGGAUAGUUCUUAUUGCUAUUAUUCCAAUCACUUGGCUAAGAAAGAUCAACAAACUAGCUCCUGUUGCUGCAGUUGCUGAUAUUUUUAUUGCUUUUGGUCUCAUUUGCGUUGUUUAUUUCACUGCGACUCAGAUUGCCAACAAUGGCCCUGGUCCAAAUAUUCAGAUGGCAAACCCUUCAAAUUUUGGUCUUAUGAUUGGUACAGCUGUCUUUUCCUUUGAAGGCAUUGGAAUGGUCGUUCCUAUAGUUGAGGGAAUGAAAGAACCUCAAAAGUUUAACAGAGUCUUAAAUAUUGGCAUGGUCAUUUGUACUGUUGUUUUUACUUUUAUUGGUAUUAUUGGCUAUGUUGCCUACGGUGAAAAUACUGCAGCUAAUGUUGUAACAAAUUUCCCUAAAGAACCUCUCUCAAUCACUGUACAACUAUUGUAUGCUUUAGCCAUGAUUUUGACUUCCCCUUUCAUGUUGUAUCCCGCAGUGACUAUCACUGAAAGAGGUCUUUAUAACACAAAUCAUAGUGGUCGUGUGAACAAGCGCUACAAAUGGAUGAAAAACUUCACACGUUCUCUUGUACCUAUUGUGUGUGCAGCUGUCAGUUUCGGUGUGGGUGCUUCUAAUCUAAACAAAUUUGUAUCUUUGGUUGGAUCAGUGGCUUGUAUGCCCCUGUGUUUUAUUUUCCCGGGCCUCUUUCAUUAUAAGAUUACCACUAAAAAGUAUGCCAAGGUUCUUGACAUUUUAUUGGUUCUUUGGGGUUUCGGUAUCAUGGUCUAUACACUUUACGUGAAUAUCAACUCUUGGGUAAAAUCAUAGACUAUUAGCUUUGCUGGUCACAGAAUUUUCUGUAUAUCUCUUUGUAUUCUAUCAAAUAAAAUGUAUAUAGUUACACGAAUUGAGC